UACUCAUCUCUCUCCUAAAGAAGUUCCAUUUCUUCCAUAAAGAAGAUCAAAUCCCGACUUGAUAAGAAAUGGAUGCGAGGAAAGUGUUGGGAAGCAUAAUGGUGAUGCUGAGUUACUUGAAAUGGGGAUGGGAAAUUCUGCUCCACACUUGCUUCUUCCAUCCUCACUCCCACCUUCAUUUUCAACACUACCCAACUUCCGCCGCCGCCGCUCACCACCAUCCCCGCGGCGGGGCCACCGCCGAUGAGGACGUCGAAUGCGCGGUGUGCUUGUCCAAGAUCGAAGAGGGGGACGCGGUUCCGGAGCUGACGUGUCGCCAUGCGUUCCAUCAAGUUUGUCUUGACCGAUGGUCAAACUACUCAAUCUUCACCCGCCGCCGCCAUCCCACGUGUCCGCUCUGCCGCCGUUCAUUGACCGGCGCGCCGGAAGAAGUGGUCGUCUUCGAUUUUGCUCGGUUCGUUUGCUCCGAUGAUGCCCGCCACACGUGGUGGCUCCGCUAGCGUGUAACUUAUUUAGUGCAUGUGUAUAAAUAUAUUAUAUAUAUGUUGCUAGCUACAAAUCGUAAUAAGAAAUCAAUCUAAUUAAGGGGGUAAUUAGAGAUUAAUUAGCAAGGUCGCUUAUUAAAAAGUAGUCAUUGCAGUUCAGCACCUGCAGACUAUGUAACUCAAACAGAAAGCCAAUUUAUGUGGGUUGAAGUUCGCACAUAUAGAACGUACCAAUCUAUUUUAAUCAACUGUUAAUAUUGGGGGUCGUGCGGACUUGAAUACGAGACUUCACAGUCAAACCAAGUCCGACACUAUGUCAUAAACCUAUUAGUGUCAAUUACUCGAAUUAUUGGAAAAUGUCCAUUUACGUAUAUGGAUCUAUACCACUUCCUAAAAGAAAGAUCCACAAGAUUCUAGCUAGUGUGAUGAAACAAACUCAAAGAUCCAUUAUUGAAACUUGUAUAAUUAACCUGGCUAAAGGUCAAUGCCCAUAUAAUAGGGAUUUUUUCCAAUAAUAGCACGUUUUUUUUUUUUUACAAAACUAGCACCCAGUCGAAAAAAUUUAUACUAAUAGCACCAUUUUUAAUAGACCGCACCUUAGGGGUAUGGUUUAUUCCACGUCAGCACACGAAUCGCACUAGGAAGAUGCGGUGUGUUUUAUCUGCUGAACGGUCUUCAAGACCGUUGGAUGAAGGUGCGAUCGGACGGCGGACCGCACGCCAGCAGAGCGAUCCGCGCCAUGGAUCGGGGAACGCACCUGCAAGGAGCGGUCAGCGCCUCGUGAAUCGCAAACUGCAUCGGAAGGGAGCAGUUUUUACGAGGGGAAAAUUACCAGAUCGCCCCCUGAAGGGUGCGGUCUGAUAAGUAUAAAUACCCCCUUCCCCUCUCAUUUCUUUACACUACAACCCAUUCUUCCUUCUCUCUCUAGAAUUUAUCUCUCUAAACCCUCCCCUCCCAAAAGCCUAGGAAAUAGUGGUCUGUUGGUCGCGGCUAAGUCCGAUCUGCCAUCAGAAAACAUUUCUUUGAUUUUUUUCUCAAAACCCGCCGAGCCGAAUCUCUGUCCGAAUUUCCCGAAAAAAUGAGCGAGUGGUGGCAAGGAGAGGGAGUUUAUGUUGAUGAAUUUCUAGCGGUACGUACUCAUUAUUCUGGUUUAAUUUUUGUUGUUGUUAUAAGCUUUUUAAUUAAUCUAUGUACUAACCUCGUUGUUAUUUUCUUGUAGGUUGGGGACGACGUGGAUAUAUACAACCAACGGUAUUAUCUCGAGCAAGGACCGUUGGAUCCAACCGACUAGUACGACAAACCCAACCAUCGGUCAAGGGAUGUUUGGAACGAUCACCCGAUACAUACAAUUCUUCAUCAUUUGUCUUUCUUUUAUUUUGCUAAUGUAUUUAGUGGAAUAUAAUAAAUUUAUGUUGAAUUUUUAAUCGUGUUGGUUGUUUUCAAUAAUUUAAUCGAAUACAUAGUGCCACUUACUUCGAAUCUUUAUAAAGAGAUGCACGUAUAAGGAAAUGUGGUUUUAAGCGAUUAUCAUAUCCUCCCAUUCCCUGGGAAAAUCGGGUAUUAAGAGAUCCUCGGAUCCCCCUUUUUUCUGUCAAAAAGACUGCGUUUCUAAGAAGAUGUAUACCUCUUCUAAGAGUCUAGCGAGUGUUGCUCUGUAUUCGAUUAAAUUAUUUAAAACAACCAAUAGGAUUAAAUUAUUUACCAAAUAACCAAUACGAUUUAUUUUUAUGUGUACAAAAUGAAUUCUAUUAAUUUAA